GGAGCAUAGCUAGAUUUCCAAAUGUGCAGCAUUUUGUUCAGAAUCAAACACUGAAAAAGCGUGCACAUAAUCCAACUGACUGCUGUCUCCAUUAUGAAUUGGGCAGAAUAGGUCCUUGACUUUCUCCUAGCUUCUUUAUCAAAUGUGAACUGACUUUUGUGGCCUAUACACUGUGUGGCUUCUCAGUGCACUUAAUACAUUCUCACUGUAUAUCUUGCAUAUAGCUUUAUGCUGUGGCAUAGAGCUGCAGUGUUGACUGAAUGUAUAAAAUGUUCAUAUGGAAAUGUGUGCAUAAAUGUGGCUUUGCAGUGUUGAACCCUGAGGAUGAACUGCUUCAUAUUUUUUUUUUUUUUUUUUGUAAGCAGUGUUGCAUGUCUGUUUAAUUCUGUCUUUUUGAUGACCCCUCUGGAAAUUUAACUUAAUAAAAGAUUCUGUUUAAAAACUAUGGAAUUCUGGCAUGAUAAAUAUUCUUGCUAUAGCUUUAAUCAGUUUUAAUCAGAAAAAAUCUUGAAGGAAUUUAAAGCGGUAGUUGUUUACAACCAUAGGCACUGCGUACAUCCAAAAAAAUGGUUUUUAAUUGUGUAUUUGUAAAUGAAAUGCAGUUUGCUACAGCUGAUGUUUGGGGCUGUAGCACCCCGAGGCAUGUGAAUUUACACGAGGCUCAAGUACUACUAUUGCUGGCUUUACAGGACUUUUACAAGUGUUAGCAUUCGUUAUUUCAGAGAAGAGCUGGAAAACAUGAUCCAAGUGGAGCCUGGAGAAAGGCAGGGUUGAGGACGGGAAGCCAGGAUGUGCUCUAUGACUGAGGACCUGAUCUGCGGUUUCUGCACACCUGCCAGUUCAGCACUGAGGUGAAGAAAUCAUCGUCUGUGGGACAGCACAGGCCUCUGAUACACGCUGGGGACGAUGCACUUGGGAAAUGCCAUCCUUCAGGUACCGGCUGUUGUGCCUCAGGGCAGCUUACGGCCAUUUCCUAGCAAUGCCAAUUAAGAGACAUGAACAGCCAUAAAUUCGAAGUACUGGCACUAUCUAACGAGUGGCACUAAUGAAUGCUUGCCAACCUAAUUAACACUCGCUGCAUGGGGUUUUGUCCAGGGGGACAAGGGGUGGAGUUAUAACCCUCGGGGUGCUCUUAAUUAAAUGUAUCUCUUGGGGUCCCAAACCACAAGUAGGGAAAAACAACCUGGGAGCAGUCAUGUCCACUGUGGCCUUACAGCUGUCCUCCGUGGUACUCCUGGCUAGGCCUUAAGGCAGGGGCUCAUUCUUUCCUGUAUGUUUGCUGAAGCAGCAUCCCUAUGCUAUAGCUUGUGAUGAACAGCUGCUGUCAUGUUACUGCCUCAUCCAAGAGUUACUGGGUGGCAGCAGAUGAUGCCAAGUGGUGGCAUAAAGGUGACAAACCGAUGUUGGGAUCUGGACAGCAGUGGUUGAGGUGUACGAAGGUGUGUGUACUUCUGUGUUCCUGAGAUGGGCACAGCUGUGGGUGGAGAGGAGACUGUGAAUAAUGGCUUUGACUGCAGCCAGGAAAGGGAGAGGAUGAUUAGGAUUUCCCCAUUGUUGUCGAAAUCUGCACUGAAUCUGAAGAAGCCCUUCUUAGGUUUGACCAAUUCUCUGCUUUCCUGUGAGGGAAAGGAUCAGCUGAAGAUUAUUAUCUACCCUUUUCCACGUCCGAACUUCAAAAGAGUGCAUUUAAACCGCAGAAACGUCUGUCUUUAUGCCUAAGCCCGGACUGUGUGCGGGCUGUUCCCAGUCAGUGACGUUCGUUCUGCAGCCUGGCGGCCACUUCUCCACCGAACGAUCCGCUUUGGAGCCUCGGGAUCCGCCCAACGCAGCCCUUACAGCCAUCGACCCCCAUCGCAACGGCCUGCCCAGAGGCGCUGCCCCUCAUUCGGUCUCGAGAAGGCGGGCAUGGCGCACGCGCAGCGUCGCCCCCUCCAUCCCGGUCACCACCCUCUCGUCCCCAGCUCCCCGAGGCGAUGCGGGAUGAGGGACAGCGCACGCAGGCGCGCUUGCGCCGUUCUCCGCCCGCAGGGAUCGUUCCGCACGGCGCCGGCUGCCGCCCGCCGCCCCCCUCUUGGCGGCUCGUCUCGCUGCUGAGGGGACCCUCGCUGAGCCGUCGCUGCUCUCCCGCCGCCAUCUCUUGUUCCGCCGCCCCUCGGGCGUCGAAUGUCUAUCCGGAGACCCUUACCAGGAGCUCUAGAACACAGUGCUGCAUUGGUUGAAUGAUGCUCAGAGACACUAUGAAGUCCUGGAGCGACAGCCAGUCCGAUCUGUACAGCAGUGACCAAGAAGAAGAAGAACAGAUGAUUUUUGGAGAAAAUGAAGAUGAUUUGGAAGAGAUGAUGGAUUUAAGCGACUUGCCUACCUCACUGUUUGCUUGCAGUGUGCAUGAAGCGGUGUUUGAGGUACAGGAGGAAAAGGAAAGAUUUGAAGCACUUUUCACUGUCUACGAUAAUCAAGUUACAUUCCAGUUGUUUAAAAGCUUUAGAAGAGUAAGGAUAAACUUCAGUAAUCCAGAGGCAGCAGCAAGAGCACGGAUUGAACUGCAUGAAACUGACUUCAAUGGAAAAAAGCUGAAGCUAUAUUUUGCACAGGUACAGGUGUCCGGUGAAGUAGGCGACAAGUCCUACCUUCUUCCUCCACAACCUGUUAAACAGUUCCUGAUAUCACCACCUGCAUCUCCCCCAGUUGGAUGGAAACAGACUGAAGAUGCAACUCCACUGAUAAACUAUGACCUCCUUUGUGCUGUCUCCAAGUUGGGACCGGGGGAGAAGUAUGAGCUUCACGCAGGGACAGAAUCCACUCCUAGUGUCGUCGUCCAUGUCUGUGAAAGUGAGACAGAAGAGGAAGAAGAAUUGAAAAAUCCUAAACAGAAGAUCAUGCAGACACGGCGUCCAGAGCCGCCACCAAUACUGGAUGAAUCUAAAGCAUUUGAUUGUACGUUGGAGGUAGGGGGUACUAUGCACUGUUAAACUCUGUGUUACUCAGGAUGCCAUCGAAAACCAGGCACAUAAUGAGUACACACGUUGAUGCCUGUUGUCCUGCUGUAUGUUAUAUAUAGCAACAACAGAUUUUACUUGUAGUUGUCUCUCAUGUUCGAGAUUUUGGAUGCCAAUGCUCCACAAAGCACUUUAAUUCUAAGGACUAGUCUCCCAAGUGUAGCAAAUCCACCCGACGUGCAAUAGUGAAAAAUAGGAGGUUUAGUUUUAUUGAAAUAUUACUCUUUAUACUGUAAAGUGUGGUGUGCCAAGUGCUAAAAUAAUAUUUUUCUGUCACUACUGGAUUUGAAGAAGUUAUUUGUAUAGCAGUUACAAACUGAUCCAUGCUCGUGCGGCAGCUUCCAGUUAUUUAAGUGGAAGUGAGGCAUAGGUCUUCAUGCUAAAAUUCCUUCCCAGUUAUCAGUCUUCUGGGCUGAAGGUCAGUACUUGCUUUUCUCAGAUAUGUUUUUAAUUUGACAUGAGGCACAAAUACAUAUAUGGAACUAAAUUCCAGUAGUUCUCACUACACGAAAGAGUACAGGAGGAAGAGCCACAGACCACUACACGACGGACCCUGAAUCUGUCUCCAGCACUACUGCUGCUACUGUUUGAUGGUACACUGAUGGCUGCAACAGUUUGCACUGACAUCUGCUUAAGAGUGAGUUACAAUAUGCAGAGUGAAAUAGGGAUUCGGCUACUGAAUGCAAUCUCUUAUCCUCUCUGGAAAUGUGGUAAUGUUUGUCCCUCUCCAGUCCUGGAGAUGGCCUCAAUUUAUAAAUAAAUCGAACUGAAUGUAUGACAGAAUGAUAUGAGGAGGUAAAACACCUAGGGUAGAUUUCUGACCUGUGGACCUAAACCUGAUCUGUCUGUUGUUUUUGUUUUUUGAAGACAGUCAGUUGCCUGGCUUGGCCAGCUGUUAUGCAGUUUAAGCCCUUCUUUGCUGUUUUUCAUUGAGACUUUUUCCUGUGCAGCAUCCUCUUUGUCUGAUAGAGCACCUGCUGCUUUAGAGACAAGGAUGCAUUUUUUAAAAUAUAGAUCUUUAAUUCCGUAAACUCGUGUUAAGCAUUUCAAUAGGCGGAAAAUAUGCCUCAUUGUGUGAUGUGUGUGUAUACUUUUAUGCCACUUUAUAACCAACCUUUUUUAGUCUACACGGAUUCUUCUUUUUUCUAUUAGUAAAAACAAACAAACAAACAAAACAAAACAGGAAAACAUUGAAAAAGCUAAGCUGCUUAUAUGCAUAUAUAGAAAUCAUUCAGAAAUUGGACUUUUUCAAAUCAUUUUAGUGUAUUUUAAUUCUAUUUGAAGUGCUCAUUGAACUUCUUUCAAAGUGUUUUCACUUGGUUGACAACUGAAGUAGCAGUGAUCGUGAAUCUGCACAGGCACAGUAGUGUUCAGGUCCAUAUUGUGCUAGUUGCGAUCCCUUCCUGCCAUUGGCUUGCAGUUGUGAAGUGGGAUCCUGCAGGCAGGUCCUUGUGCCAGAGGCAGGAGUGUCCAUGAGAACGGCAGGAAAAAGGAUUUUGUUCAUCUCACCUGCAAAUGUGCUGAUAUUUAUGUAUUUCUUCGGAUGGUCAGAUCACUUUGUCUGACUUCUGUCUUGCUGUUCUGCAGUACGAAAAAAUAAGAGUUGUAUUGUCCACGAGACCUGUGUGUUUUAAAAUGCCAGAAGUCCAUCUUGGAUUCUCUGGUAUUUAUAUUUUGUCAGUUGUUUGAUUUCUACCCCACUGUAACAGUUUGUGUAAGUAGGAAUUCAGUGAAAACUUUCCAAAACCAUUUUAUAAAGGCAAAUGGAAUGAGUGAUGUUGUCAAUGUAUGUUGUGUAAAGUGUAUCGCACCUUGCAUUCCAACAUCAUUCUUUGUGUAAAGAGGCUUAAAAUAAAAAUGAUACAGCGCCA